AUGGAAGAGAGCAAGCUCAUCUUCAGCCUGGACAGCCACGAGGAAGGUCCCAUUGUGGCCUUUUCCAAAGACAAACCACAAGACAGGAAAAGCCAGCCUGACCUCAGCCUGGGCAUGGAUUUCAACCUGAGCCUCGGUCACCGCUCCCAGCCCCCCUUCCUGCCCCACUCCCCCUCAUCCCCAGGCUCUUUAGCUGAUCUAUCAGCAUCAUCUGCAGACCUGCUUGUCACCAGCAACCUUGUCAAAUCCUCUUCCACAGACCUGGAGCCGAGGGAGAGCGGCUCACUGCGAGGCAAAAAACCUCUGCUCAGCCUGGUCAAGUCCCUAAGCACCGAGAUUUCCCGCCGGGUCGAGCCAGAAGUUAAUCUGUCCAAGUCAGACUCCAAGCUGCAUAUGCAUCCCUGGAAGCAGCUCACCCAUCCAAAAAUUCCAGAGGCCAGGCCGGAAGCAAAAGGUUUAGAUGAGAAUGAUGACUGGGGAUCAGCAUCUUCCGCAGGCGGAUUACCUCCCGCUGAGCCCCGGGGCAGCUCGCUGAUCGCUGAGCUGGAGGACACACGGAGAAAGUUCUCCGAGGCCAUGCAGGAUCCACUGAGCAUGCUGAGUAAGAUCAUGCGGGACGAGAGCUCCAGCAGCCCCAAGCAGGGUAGGGCUUCUGGUGCCGAAGACUCACCGUCUUCCCAAGGCAGCUGUGGGAGAGACGGAGGAAGUGAAGAUACAGACCUUAAGUGCCGGAGGAGAGUGGAAGGUGAACUCAGAGAUGGGUGUGACACGCCUCUGAGAAGACCCCGAAAGGGCUCCUUAACGAAAUCCCCUAUCUCCCCAGAACACCACAGCAGUGACAGCCAUUUAGAAAUCCGCACUUAUGGAGAUAUGAUUCAGGUGGUGGAGCUCCAGAAUGGAUCCAGAGGGACGCAUCAUAGAACUUACACCCAGUCUCGAGUCACAGUGCCAGGCUCAAAGCUGCCUCUUCACUGGCUCUUCCCUGUCGGGCUUCUAGCUUAUGGUUUUUUUGUGUUGCCCCUGCCCUCCUAUGUGACAGGUCUGUCCGUGGGGGUUGCAUGUGGCUUUAUAUUGGGCCUGGUGGUAGUGUUCAUGUUUGCCCCACGACGCUCAACUUCUAGAAGCAACAAGGGCUCUCGCUGGAGUAAAUCCAGACCCCUGAACCUGGAUCUACUGGAUGAACAACUCACAGAUCCAGAAAUCCUUGAGGGCUGGAUGAAUGAGACACAUAGCUACGACCCUGAGACCUUCCACCCCUCCAUCACACACUCUGUCUAUGUCACCAUUGAGGGCUGUCAGCUGCGUCUGGCAUACCCACGUGCAAACAUCCCGCGGUGGGCAGCAUUCGACGAGGCAUCCUACGAGGCUGUGUUUUUGCGUUCACGCACUUACCAGCUGGCUAACUGUAAGGUGUCUCUGUUGCCACCUGGUUUGGCUCGCAAGAGGAUCUGGAACAAGAAGUACCCCGUCUGCGUCACUCUGGCUGAGGGGGAGGUAGGUGAGGAGAGUGUGGUUGAAGGGCAGGAGGAGGAAGAAAGGCCAGAGAGACACAUCAUCCUGGACCACCAGCUUCCUGUCACCCUCUACCUGUUUGGCCGAACAGGAAGAGAGAAGGAGGAGUGGUUCCAGCACUUCCUGUCUGCCUCCCGGGCUGCAGUCAAGAGCAGUGUGAGUGGGGAGGAGAAUGUAGAAACCCCAUGUGGUGGAGACGCUGCUAAAGAAAGCACAGAGGAGCUGCACGACUUGCCGGGAGCUAUGAAAAGCAGAAUGCUACUGGAGUACAGCACCUACAUGACUCAACUGAUUGGCUCGCAGAGCUGCAAUCUCACCCCCAGUCCCUGCCAGAGUGACAAGGGAAGCCCCACGACCCACAAGAAGAUUCACAAUGAAGAGCAUGGAGCUGGAGGUCCAGCUGGAGCUGGAGGUCCAGCUGGAGCUGAGCCCAGUGAAGGUUCAGGGGCUGAGGGACGCUCUGCAGAGGGCCAGCCCAGUUGGGUGAACUCCCUGGUGGGACGGAUCUUCUGGGACUUUCUGCGGGAGAAGUACUGGACCAAUCAGGUGGCGCACAAGAUCCAGAAGAAACUCAGCAAGAUCAAGUUGCCAUACUUUAUGAAUGAGUUGACGCUGGCAGAUUUGGACAUGGGCACUUGUCUACCUCAAGUCCUCAGCACCUCCACACCUACACUGGACCGCAGAGGCAUGUGGCUGGAGCUGGAGGUGGUGUACACAGGCUGCCUUCAGAUGACCCUGGAGACUAAAAUGAACCUGUGUAAGCUGGGUAAAGAUGGAGAAGACGAGGCUCACAGCGUUCUAGAAACCCAACAAUUGGGUUCUAAACCCAGGAUGUGUAUACUGGCUGAUAGUGAUGAAGAGUCAUCCAGCGCAGGCUCGUCUGAUGAAGAGGAAGUCCCCCCCUCUGAACCGCAGGGAUCUCUGGCAGAUAAGAGUGGGGUGGUAGCAGCUGAAGGGCACACCGGUAGCAGCACAAGUAGGAAGAUCUUGAGAUUUGUUGACAAGAUAGCAAAGUCCAAGUACUUCCAGAAAGCCACGGAGAACGAGUACAUCAGGAAGAAGAUAGCUGAGGUGUCCAACAUGCCUCUGAUGCUCAGUGUGGAGGUCCUGGAGCUCUCUGGUACUCUGGCCAUCAACAUCCCACCUCCCCCUACUGACAGGAUAUGGUACAGUUUCCGGGUGCCUCCCAGGUUAGACCUUCAUGUGCGACCCACGCUCGGGGAGCGGGAGGUCACCUUCACUCAUGUCACUGAGUGGAUCGAGAAAAAACUGCAGUGUGAGUUCCAGAAAGUGUUUGUGAUGCCCAAUAUGGACGAUCUAUAUCUGCCCCUGAUGACAUCUGGCCUGGAUAACCCACCUGCAUCCCACCAAUCUUCAAUGCAUUCCUCAUCCCACCAGUCCUCCAUAGAGUCCCAGGAGUACAUGUCAGAGUAGUGGCCCUUUGAGGCCACAGAUGGGAUUAUGGUGAUGCGAAAUAGCCACAGUGACAAUAGCUGUAUUGCUAUGAAUCUGUAAUGGAUUCUGAAGCUGCUGCAGCUGGGUACCGGCUUGGUGUUUAUCCUGAGUGUCAGGAUAGUUGCCUCCUGAAGGCACUCUGAGCAUGGCAGCAACCUCGGGGCUGUGAGACCGGUGCUAGAGUGCCCCCUACUGUGAAGAUGAGUGAACUGUAAAUCAGUGAGAUAACAACUUUUUUACUUGAUGCCAACAAUGAUAAAAGAUGCAAACAGUGGAUGUCUUUACUGCACGUCAAAACAAGGUGUUGUUGAUGACCCCUGUUUGAAAAAAAUGCUGAUUGAACAAAUGAUCCAUCCAUUUGUUUACUAAUCCUCUGAUCCUGUUACGGGAUGUGAAAAAGAUGAUAAUGAAGAAGAUUGUGUUCUAUCAAGCUACCGUGGUGCAUGUUAUUUCUGAACAGUGUUAAUAUGCUCAUGGAUUUAUCAGUGAAUAAUAAAGUCAAAACUUUAAAUCUAUGUUAAUUGUUGAACUUG